CAUGGACAUCGGGGGCCUGGAGACGGCGGUGGCCAACUCCGCCUACGUGUCGGCGCGGGGCGGCCCCGGCGCGGGGGGCAAGGACAAGCGGGCGCGGGCGCGGCUCCGCCUGCCCCACAUCUCCCAGUGCGAGGCCCUGCGCGCCCAACUGGGCGGCGCCGGCACCCAGAACGGGGGGCCCGCGGCCCCCAACGGCCCCCCCAGCCCGGACGGGGGCCAGGACACGUCGUUCCGGUGGCAGUGCGUGGAGCAGCCCAUCGGGAAGCUGCUGUUCCGCCGCUUCCUGGAGGGGACGCCGGAGUUGUCGGCGGCCGGGGCGCUGUGGGCCGAGCUGGAGGCCUUCGAGCAGUGCGAGGACGCCGAGAGGGCCGACAAGGCCAAGAAGCUGCAGGGCAGGUUCUUCACGGCCGGCGGGGCCGAGCACUGCGGCUUCCUGAGCGCCGCCGCCACGGCCGUGCCCGCAGGCUCCGCCAUCCCGGGCGACGCCUUCGCGCAGGCGCGGCGGGAGCUGCUGGAGCACCUGGAGGCGGCGGCCUGGGGGCCCUACCGGGCCUCGCCCGAGUUCGGGCGCUUCGUGCAGUUCAAGUGGCUCGAGGGGCAGCCCGUGGGCGCCGACGCCUUCGUGGAGUUCCGCGUGCUGGGCAAGGGCGGCUUCGGCGAGGUCUGCGCCUGCCAGCGCCGCGCCACCGGCAAGAUGUACGCCAACAAGCGCCUCAACAAGAAACGCCUCAAGAAGCGCAAGGGAUACGAGGCGGCGCUGGUGGAGAAGCGGAUCCUGGCGCGCGUCCACAGCCGCUUCAUCGUGUCCUUGGCCUGCGCCUUCCAGACCAAGACCGACCUCUGCCUCGUCAUGACCAUCAUGAACGGCGGCGACCUGCGGUACGGGGGGGACUUGGCGGCACUGGGACGGGUUCCUGGGGAGGUGUCACUGGUGUGUCACUGGUGGUCACUGGUGUCCCUGGUGGUCACUGGUGUCACUGGUGUCACUGGUGUCACUGGUGGUCACUGGUGUGUCACUGGUGUCACUGAUGUCCCUGGUGUGUCACUGGUGUCUCUGGUGGUCACUGGUGUCACUGGUGUCCCUGGCACAGGCCACGUCCGUCUGUCCGACAUGGGUCUGGCCGUGGAGAUCAAGGAGGGGCAAAACAAAACCCGCGGCUACGCCGGGACCCCCGGGUUCAUGGCCCCGGAGCUGCUGCGGGACGAGGAGUACGACUGGUCCGUCGAUUACUUCACGCUGGGGGUGACGCUCUACGAGAUGCUGGAGGCCAAGGGGCCCUUCCGGCGGCGGGGGGAGAAGGUGGAGAACAAGGAGGUGACGCGGCGCAUCCUCCACGACCCCGUGAGCUACUCGGAGAAGUUCAGCGCGGCCGCGCGCGCCGCCUGCGAGGGGCUGCUGGCCAAGGACCCCCAGAGCCGCCUGGGCUUCCGCGGCAACGACUGCGCCCAGCUCAAGGCCCACCCCUUCUUCGGCACCAUCAACUGGGGGCGGCUCGAGGCAGGGCUGGUGCCCCCCCCGUUCGUGCCGGACCCCCGGCAGGUGUACGACAAGGACCUGAGGGGGGCCUGAAGGGUUGGGGGG